AUGAACUAUAAUUUCUUGCGAACUGAAAUAGUGACUAAAUCUCUAUCCGUCAAUGUCACUAUAAAACUAUCAGCAGAAUUUCAACCUCUGUAUUUUGAAUACACAAGACGUAAAAAGUGUGAAUUAACAAUCCUUCACCUCGCGAUUUGUUUAGAUGACGAACCAUUUGUUGAUUACCUUCUCAUGAAUAAUGCUGAUGUCAGGUUAAGUACUGAAAACGUGGGACCAGUGAUAUAUACAGCGAUAAGGCUUCGAAAAUUAAAAUACGUACACAAGCUAGUUGAUUAUGCAGGAGCCGAAUUCCUUAUCAGUCGGGGUGCUGAGGUUAAUUAUGAGUUUUUAUGGGACGGUCCAUCACCACUGAGUAUAGCCGCUGGCUCGAAUAACCUUAAAAUGAUGAAAUUACUAAUGAAAUAUGGCGCUGAUAUUAAUUUUGUUGAUGAAUCUGGCUACCAUGAUCCACCUUUGUUCAGCGCUAUCACAAAUUUUCAAAAUUUUGAAGCUGUUAAAUUCUUAAUAAGUCAACCAACGAUCAGAAUUAACUACCAAGAUGAAGACCAAAGCUUAUGUCUCCACAUAUUAUUAAAAUCAGAAGAUCUCGAUGGUAUUUUUACUACUCACGAUACCAUUCUUGAAAGUCUUCUCGAUGCCGGUAUCGACGUUAACCUCAAGAACGGUGAUGAACAAUUAGCCAUUGAGAUGGAAACUGAAGAAAAUCGGGUUUAUAUAAUUAAAAUAAAGCAGCAUAUUGUAAAAUUGAUGACUGUUAAUUUUUACGUGAGUGCAAAAAACGCAAACGCUGUGUCUGGGACGGAGUUUCAGCAGUUGCGUGUUCAAUGUGCUAAACAAGUUGAGAUUUUGAAAAUAACUUCUGGACCGAUAUCUGGAUUUUCUUAUUACGAUUUGUUACAUAAAUGUCAGCAUAAAUUGACGCUCAGGUUUAAAGAUGGUGAUGGUGAUAAAUUUGAUGAAGAGAUGAGACGUAAAUUCGAUUUAUACGAGGGAAUGAUUGCCCAUCGUUUGGAAAAAGCUAGCCAACGUCGAGAAUUGUUUAUCAAAGUUGAAAAUGUUUUGUAUGAAAUUUUCAAUAGAAAGCUACCUGCUACAUUUAUCCAUGACAUGUUUUUCUAUUUGAGUAACGAUGAGUUGUUUAAAUUAUCCAAAAAUAAUUAA